AUGUGCUCGGAUGCCUCAGCCUGGAGGAAGGAUGCCCACUCCUUCUUUCUGAAGGACAGCUGGCAGGGCAGCAGUGAGCUGGCUCGGGCCUUGGGCACCCUCCACCAGCAGGACAUCCUGGCACAGGAGCUGCCCGGGCCACUCCCCGCGAUCGGACAGGAGACGAUCCCGCGGCAGGGGCCACGCGCCUGCGGCUUUCAGAACAAAGACAAGGCAGCGUUCGCCGAGCGCGUUAUUCCUUCUGACCCGGGAAACACAGCAGAUACCACUGCCUGGUACACCUUCUGUCUCGGGGUCCCCUCCCCAGACAGCUCCACGGUCACACCGCGUGGCACCAGGGAGAAGGGGGCCGGGACGGCCUGGAUGCACAUCCCAGCACGCUUUUCCUACAGUGCUGGGGCUGGAAGUACAAGUCUGUGUUUCAACAUCAUCCCCUCUUCCAAGGUCCCGUCUGCAAAUACGGUCACAGUCUGGGGUCCUGGGAGGCAGGGCUUCACAGAGGACUUGGGGGGACCGCAGGUGUCUGACCGCUGUGACUACGUCUUUGUCAACGGGAAAGAAAUGAAAGGCAAGGUGAACGUGGUGGUGAACUUCACCUACCAGCACCUGAGCAGCCCUCUGGAGAUGACGGUGUGGGUGCCCCGGCUCCCGCUGCAGAUCGAGGUCUCAGACACCGAGCUCAACCAGAUCAAGGGCUGGAGGGUGCCCAUCGUCUCCAACAAACGUCACCGUGGCGAGGACAUGGAAUACACUGCCCGGCCGGCCCGGGACAGCGAGGAAGAGGAGGAGGACGAGAGGAGAGGGGGCCGUGGGUGCACUCUCCAAUACCAGCACGCCAUGGUGCGGGUCUUGACGCAGUUUGUGGCCGAGGCGGCGGACCGCGGGGGGCACCUGGUCCACCUGCUGGGCUCAGACUGGCAGGUGGACAUCACGGAGCUGGUGAAUGACUUCACGCAGGUGGAAGAACCCCGCAUCGCCAGGCUGCAAGGGGGCCAAGUCCUGAUUGGCCAGGAGCUCGGCAUGACCACCAUUCAGCCGAAUACGCUGUCUGUCUACACCGUGGCGGGUGUUACCAUCCUGGGGAGAAGGCUCUUGGCCCGAGCUAGCCUCGUGGGAACCGUGGGCAUGGCCAGCGGCUUCUCGCUGCCCAUCAUCGCGUGGAACAGCUCUCCAUCCGCCGUGAUGCCCUGCCGUAUCCUGUCACCUCUGUCGGACGCCAUCUUGGCGGAAAAGACCAUCUCCGUGCUGGAUGAGAAGGUGACCAUCACAGACCUCGGGGUCCAGCUGGUGACCGGGCUGUCACUCUCCCUGCAGCUCAGCCCAGGGAGCAACAGAGCCGUCUUUGCCACUGCGGUGGCUCAGGACCUGCUUCAGAGGCCCAGACAGGAGGCAGCCAUCAGUUGCUGGGUCCAGUUCAGCGAUGGCUCCAUCACCCCCUUGGAUAUCUACGAUGGGAAGGACUUCUCCUUGAUGACCACGUCCCUAGACGAGAAAGUGGUCUCCAUCCACCAAGACCCCAAAGUCAAGUGGCCGAUCAUCGCCGCUGAAACGGAGGGACAGGGUCCUCUGAUCAAGGUCGAAAUGGUUAUUAGCGAAUCGUGCCAGAAGUCCAAGCGGAAGAGUGUGCUGGCUGUGGGAACGGCCAACGUCAGAGUUAAAUUUGGCCAAAGUGAUGCUAACCCCAACACCAGUGACAGCAGACACACGGGGGCAGGAGUUCACCUAGAAAAUAAUGUCAGUGACAGAAGACCCAAAAAACCCUUGCAAGAGUGGGGGGGUCAGGGGGGACCAUACUACGGGAGUUCCUCCAUGGGCCUCAUGGAAGGAAGGGGGUCCACGACAGAGAGGUCAACCUUCCAGAGAAAGAAGAACCAAGAAAGCCUCCUAGACGAUGGCCGCCAUCUGCAGACUGUCCCCAUUGACUUCACCAGCUUCCCGACCCAGGGGGGCCUGCCCAGCAGCAAUGGGGAAGUGGACGAGAACGGCCUCACGCAGGCAUCCAAAGGGCUGAGCGACUUGGAGAUCGGCAUGUAUGCCCUUUUGGGUGUCUUCUGCCUGGCCAUUUUGGUCUUCCUGAUAAAUUGUGUGGCCUUUGCGUUGAAGUACAGGCACAAACAGGUUCCCUUCAAAGAGCAAGAAGGUAUGAGUCACUCCCAUGACUGGGUUGGGUUGAGCCACCGGUCAGAACUGCUGGAGAACCACAUUAACUUCGCCUCCUCCCAAGAUGAGCAGAUCACCGCCAUUGACAGGGACAUGUAUUUCGAGGAGAGUAAGUAUCUCCUGAGCACAAACUCCCAGAAGAGCAUCAACGGGCAGCUGUUCAAGUGUUCGGGACCCACCAUUGCUGACGGGAAGGAUCAGAAGAGUGAGCCCCCAACGUCCCCGACCUCAAAAAGGAAAAGGGUAAAAUUUACCACCUUCACCACCAUCCCCUCGGAUGAAGGAUGCCCCGCCGUGAACUCCGUCCCGACCAGUGGUGAGGACACGGACUGGGUCUGCCGGGAUCUGGACCCUGGGGAAAGCAGACAGCCACACCGCUACGCGGGAAGGUUACGUGAGGACGUGUAAGCCGGGACACUCGCACACAUUGCUUUGCACUCAACUCCCAGCCUUUAAUUUGGGGACGGAGCGUAGCGACCGGACACGAUGAGGUCAUCCCUGUCCGCAGAGCCCCGGAAAAUGCCCCCGGCUCGCCUGGGGGUGGCCCCACAUCGGGACCCGUGCACAUGUCCCACCAUACGGUGUCUUGGUCAGUGCCGAGAGGCUCACCGUGCAUGGCAGGAUUUUUAAAACUUGCAGGAAAAACCGAGUUCUGAAUCACUGAGCUUCCGAAAGGUUCUGGGAAUAAGCAGCCCCCCUCUGCCCAGGGCCCUCUUUCUGUCUUUAAUCACAGCACUUGGGAGAUUGUGAAGCCGCGUGGCUCCCGUGUGCGGUCGUGCAGACCGUGGAAGGCGACCAAGACUCCGCGGAAGCGUGUGCCUCGCUGGGGGGCGGCGUGUCGCUGGGGUCCGGACGCACAGCUGGCCAGGCGCCGGGUCGGGGGCAGGGGCCAGGGCGAGGCAGCUCCUGGGAGGCGGUCACCGCGACGGAUUGUCUCCCAAAGUCCAGCCCGGCCCAACGACAGACCGGGGCGCUGCUGACGGGGACUGAAAGGGAGCACGUGGGCAGAGGGGCCACAAAUGUUUCUGUAACUGGAUGCGGAGAAGAAACCAACAGACCCCUCGGAGCGGUCCAGGCGUUGCUCCCUUCGUAAGCUCGGGAUACAGGGCGUAGAAUGUCAGGCCGGUUCCAAGAACCAGGCUUUUUGGGGAUGAGUUCACUGUGUCAGAAUCUGUACUCACCCCCCCACCCGGCCACCUUGCUGAAAGCCGUUGGUCACUCGUGGGCAGUGGGGGCCUUUCCAGCGUUCACGGCGUCCUUCUUCCCCCGCGGCCGGUGUGUCGGCUCCAGGGGACCGUCUGCAGUGGCCCCGCCAGGCGAACGUCACGUGUCCUUCUUGAAGAGGCAGGUCUCUGCGGGCAAGUGGUUCUCGCGGUGAACUCAACCCCAAGGGACACUGGCUCCCCUGUUCCUCCAAAAAGACGGGAGAGCUGUUCGCGGACAGCCCCGCGACGGCCACACCAAGCCUCCUGUCCGCGGCCACAGAGACCCCUGCGGGGUGUGGGGCUGGGGAGAGCCGGGGCAGGAAGCCCGUCCACACCCCUGCGCGGGCUUGGACACGUGGGGGGACCAAGGCGUCCGCGCGUGGGGUGCAGACGGAGACCCUGCUCAGCCCUGAGAGGUUUGCUGUGGCUUGAAUCCGAAGGACUCGGAAUGCCCCCCUCCCCUCCGUGGGAAGCCUAAGAACGGGGGUGGGGGGUGGGGGGGAUGAGCGGCUUCCGGCCCAGCUCCAGCUCCCGCCACGCUGGAAGGGGCGGGAGAGGGCCAGCGGCCUGGGGCACAGAGGCCAGGUCUCUUGGGUGUCUUCCCUGUCACUUUCCGUCCCUCUGCCUUCCUUCUCCUCUCCACUUCCUGUCUGUCUCUGUAUCUCCCUGACCCUGUUUCUCUGCUUGCUCUGUGUCUCUCCCUCCCUCUCUCCCCCC